AUGAAAAAACAGAUAGAGACCAAAAGACCAGAGGCCGAGAACCAGAAACCAGCAAGACCAAUGAGAAACCAAGCAGCUCAGACUCCAGAGUGCCAGAGAGCAGAGACUAGAGACCGAGAGACCAAAUAUAGACAACCAGAGACCCAGAGACCAAGACCAGGGAAAGUCCAGUCACCAGAGACCGAAAGACCAGUGAAAGACCACAGAACCAGAGACCGAGAGACCAGAGACCGAAAGACCAGAGACCGAAAGACCAGUGAAAGACCACAGAAACCAGAGACCACAGAACCAGAGACCGAGAGACCAGAGACCGAAAGACCAGAGACCGAAAGACCAGAGACCGAAAGACCAGAGACCGAAAGACCACAGAAACCAGAGACCACAGGACCAGAGACCGAGAGACCAGAGACCGAGAGACCAACGGAAGACCAACGGAAGACCAACGGAAGACCACCGGAAGACCAACGGCAGACCCCAGAGACGAAGGGCGAGAGAGAGACGACGACAGGAGACGAGGCGGCCAAUUGGAAGCGACAGCGCGGGCGGCCUUUCCCUCCGCCUCCUCCUUCUGCGUGGCCCCGGCGUCCCCCUGACGAUAAAUCAUGGGGCGCCAUUAAAUUCUCGAAGCCGGACACGUUUCCACGCCCAGCAUAUAUGGCUGCCGAUGCCUGGCUUAAGUUCCCUUUGAUCUGGCCGGUGGUAUUAGUCGUUAAGGCAAGCAUGGUUCUGGCGGCAGAUGUUAGAAGCAGAAAAACAAGGACCCUCAUACGGCACGCGCGCCGUGGAUAUGCGGGGAAGUGA